AUGGAAUCGACCACAGUCAGAACUAUGACGGUGACUUCCACGCCGGAAACACACCUAGCUUUCACCAACUUCGCUUAUUGCUCCUCCGCUAAUCUCCGUCAGUUCGCUGUUCCCGGCACUGCCGACCUCUUCCUCGCCAACGUCGCCGACGUCUUCAUUCUCUCGCUCUCAUAUCCUUUUCUUAAUUACACCAAUGAGGGCAUUUUAAUUUGUUAUGGAGUAGAAUUAGAAUCUGGUCUUGUUGAUUGUUCAUUUUUUUCCGGUUGGCAUGCUAGGGUUUCUACUGAUGACACUGUUACCGUCACCAGAUUCGUUCCUCCUGAGAAUUUUGACCUAACUUUGUUGUCACUUGAGUUGGAAUUUGUCAAGAAGGGUACUAAAACUAAAAACGAAGAGGUUGAUGCUGUUCAACUUUCAACCCAACUUAAGAGAAAAUUUAUUGCUCAGGUCUUGACGGUAGGACAGAGAGCUACAUUUGAGUAUCAUGGAACUAAUUACGUUUUCACGGUCAGUCGAGCGGUUACGGAGGCUGAUAACCUGUCUAAUGGUAUCGAAAGAGGGAUGAUCUGUGAAGAUACAUAUAUUGUGUUUGAAGCAUCAAAUGCAACUGGCAUUAAGAUUAUGAACCAAAGAGACGCUGCAACAAGCAAAAUAUUUAAAGAAAAAGAGUUCAAUCUUGAGUCAUUGGGUAUUGGUGGCUUAAAACAAGAGUUUGUUAAUAUAUUCCGAAGAGCUUUUGCUUCUCGUGUAUUCCCUCCUCAUACCUGGAACAGACUUGGAGGUAAGCACGUUAAAGGGGUGCUUCUCUAUGGACCUCCUGGUACUGGCAAGACCUUGCUUGCUCGCCAAAUUGGCAAAAUGCUCAAUCGAAAGGAGCCAAAGAUCGUGAAUGGUCCUGAGGUGCUAAGCAAGUUUGUUGGUGAGACAGAGAAGAAUGUGAGAGACCUGUUUGCUGAUGCUGAGAAUGACCAGAGAAGCCUUGGUGAGGCUAGUGACCUGCAUGUCAUUAUUUUUGAUGAGAUCGAUGCUAUUUGCAAGGCAAGAGGAUCAAGCAGAGAUGGCACAGGUGUCCAUGACAGUAUUGUUAACCAGCUCCUCACAAAGAUUGAUGGUGUGGAGGCCUUGGACAAUAUUUUACUCAUUGGAAUGACAAAUCGCAUGGAUAUGCUUGAUGAAGCUCUUCUAAGGCCUGGAAGGUUAGAGGUUCAUAUUGAGAUUGGCCUCCCGGAUGAAGCAGGACGUUUAGAGAUUCUUCAGAUUCAUACGAAAAUGAUGAAGGAAAAUUCUUUCCUUGCUCCUGACGUCAAUCGCCAAGAGCUUGCUGCUCGGACGAAGAACUACAGUGGUGCUGAGCUUGAAGGUGUAGUGAAAAGUGCAAUGUCAUAUGCUUUGAACAGAAAUCUGAACAGGGAAGAUCUUUCGAAGCCAGUGGAUGAAGAGAAUAUCAAAGUUACAAUGGAGGAUUUUCUUCAUGCAUUGAGUGAAGUUAAAACUGCAUUUGGAGCCUCUACAAAAGACCUUGAAGUGUCCAGACCUAACGGAUUUGUGGACUGUGGUGAUAGGCAAAGGCUCAUAUACGAAAGUGUCAUGUUUCUUGUUGAGCGAGUUAAAGCCAAGGGAAGAGGAGGUCCUCCAGUCACUUGUCUUCUUCAUGGACCUAGUGGAAGUGGGAAAACUGCAUUAGCUGCGACUAUUGGCAUCGACAGUGAGUUUCCAUAUGUCAAAAUAGUCUCUGCAGAGACUUUGAAUGGUCCUCACGAGAGCCAAAGAUGCGCACACAUUACCAAGGUCUUUGAGGAUGCAUACAAAUCACCACUUAGCAUAGUUAUCCUUGACAACAUUGAAAGGCUGUUGCACUACACGGAAAUUGGACCGCGGUUUUCAAAUGAAACUACUCAUACGUUGCUGAAAUUUCUCGGAAAGACUCCUCCGGAGAGAAGCAAACUUCUUGUACUUGGUACAACAAGUGAGUUAACAUUCCUAAAAUCUGUUGGUUUGCGCAAGGCGUUCUCUGUUGCAUACUCUGUUCCAUUGCUGAGGACAGAGGAUGCGAAGAAGGUGCUGGAGCAACUAAGCGUGUUCUCAGACGAUGAUAUUGAUGAAGCUGCCCAAGCCCUUAAUGAUAUUCCAAUCAAGCAGCUAUACACUGUUAUCGGGAUGGCAGCAGAAAGAGGUGGCAGGUUUAAAGACUCGGUGACGGAGAAGCUCAACAUCACUCAUUUCUUAGAUUGUCUUGAGGAAGUUACCGCAUAUGUGUGA